AUGUCAUCAUCAAGCACCCAAAUUUCGGAAACAGUCUUCUGCAAUCCAAAUGAAUUGUCCUUAUCUUCCCAAAUCGAACACCGGUCAGCACAGUCGGAUGAGGCGACUAGGAUCAGUCACUGUUGUUUUUCUGCUGGCGAUAUUCCCCCCGAACGCUCGCAUGUUUGCCGAAAUCGCGAUUAUCCAACCAUUGUCGACACCCUACCUGAAGUGAACCUGGAUCCUAGUAUCGACAUGACCACGAUGGGAAAGAUCACUUGGGACAAAUGUGAUGCGCUUGAUUCUGAUUGCGCAAAUCCAUCAUUUCUCUAUUAUGACGCCGCUACGAUACCAGAGCUGGUGUCUUCAAAUUGGCCUUUGUCCCAGCUUUCAUAUCAAAAUUCUGCUUCGGUUCAAGGAUACGCUGAUCCGCCGGAGGGUUGGGAGAUACCCUGGCAAUCAGGCUAUUCAGAGCCACAAGAUCAUGGAUCCACGCCGAUACCUCAUUAUCCGUUCUCCCUUGCCACUACAGAAUCCAAAAACGUUAGCAUACCCCAUACAAUCAACGGCAGCUUUGGCAUUGUUGAGGAUGAGCAAAAAGCUUAUAUUCCAACAACAAACAGAGCUUCUUCGACUGGUCCUGAUGAUACUGUUGGCAACAGCCAUUAUGACCUACAUAACUGUGGCUUUACGAGUCCGUCUACAAAAGAGACUUGCACAUUAAUCUGCUCGCGGAUAGGAUUUGAACUGCCACACAAACGAUAA